AUGCUGGAACUUACCAUGCCCACGAAGUGUCGUUACUCGCGAACCAUUCUCGAGAGAUGGCUUAGAAAAACAGCGGGAAAACUCGGCUUCACAAUCGGCAAGUCCCCUUGGUGGUGUGCCACAAUUUCUCUGGCGGUAUUUUGUGGCUUCGGACUAGGCAUGUUUUCCAUGCAAUCUCAACAAUCCUUGGACGACAUGCGAUUCGUCAUCGGCGGACCCAUGUCCGAAACAGUUUCUGUGAUCGACAGCUUGUUUCCCACCAACUACUCCCAUUUCACUCCCGACCGAUCUGUGCAUGUUCAGCGGUCGGGCGUUGUUCUCUUGAGGCCGAAAUCUGGUACGAACAUUCUCACGCCCGCCGCAUUGCGCGAAGUGCGAUUGGUGAACGAAGCUAUCGUCAAUGCGAAGGUGGAGCACCCGGGCACGAAACGGGGAUCCACUCCAGACACCUUCACGUUUCGGGAUGUGUGCCCGAAAUGGCAAUCUGAAUGCUUCGCUGCUUCGUGCGCCCACGUGUCGGAGUUCAAUAUUGACCAAGGGAAGCUCAAGUAUCCUAUCACCUUCGGUGAAGACCGCAAGGUUUAUUUCUUUGCUGGUUGCCUCGGGAACCCGGUAUUCAGACUGAACUCCACGAACGUCGUCCUGAGCUCGCCCGCCAUCAGGUUGCCCUAUUUUCUUGAUGACCACGACUUGAUAAGCUCCAUCAAGGCGCAAGCAUGGGAGCAGAGAUUCUGGAAGAUUGCGGAAGACCUCAGAGCGCGGUUGAACCACACAGAAAUGUAUUUUUACUCAGCUACCUCAAGAGACAAAGAAAUUCAAGAAGUCACCACGGAACUCGGACCAACAAUCAUAGUUUCAUCAGUUUUGCUGCUACUUUUCACGGUCUUGUGCGGCUUGACCACCGAUUGUGCAGUUACUAAACCGUGGAUCGGAUUGCUAGCCUUGGUCUCCACUGGUCUCGGGAUCCUUUCUGGAAUGGGGCUAGGCUCAAGUCUCGGGAUACCCUUUUCUCCGACUUGUGUCCCAGUCCCAUUCCUUUGUCUGGGUCUGGGUUUAGAUGGAGCUUUUGUCUUACUCGGGGCAUGGAGAGCGACGGACGAUGAGAAGUCGGUGCCGAAACGAAUGGCGAGGACGUACGAAAGCGCCGGGGUGGCUUUAUGCAUCACCACCGUCACCGACGUUUUGACGUUCGCGAUUGGAAUUACCAUUCCUCACGGAACAGUCCGACUUUUUUGCAUUUGGAUGGCACACACGAAUUCAUGUGCGCGGAUCUGUUGCAUCGGGUGCGGGGAAUCGACGAAAACGGACUCGGCCCAAUACGUCGGCAUUUCCGAGCGGAUAUUCCGCCGAAUUUACGCGCCCUUGCUCAAUCGGAAGUCCUUCAAGGGAUUGGUGGUGUUCCUGUACAUAUUAUAUGCCUUUGUUGCUUGCAUCGGAAUCUCGAAGCUGGAGAUGAACAUCGACGAAUUGAGGGGCUUGCAGCAAACUUCCCCGACCAUACUUUUCCGUCAGUUCAACCUUCAAGACUUCCAGUACAAUAUCAGGGUUCAAUUCAUCGACGCAGACCCAGUGUUUGGACAAGACGUCGCAUGGAAGAACGGGGACAUCGUCGCUUCGCGGAUUUUCCUGCAGAUGGUGAAUGUAACCAGCGUCCAGAUCCUCUCGAAAACUAUCGAACACUUGAAUCAGGUCUUCGAGGAAUUUCCCGAGCUGGAUAUUCAUGCUUAUCAUCCGGAGUUCCGUAUGCACGAGUUGUCCGUAAUGCUGCCCGAAGCGACGCGGGAAGGAGUAUUCAUGGCAAUUGGCGCCAUGACACUCGUGGCGUUCUUGCUCAUCCCGAACAUGUCCGGGAUCUUCGUUGUCACCUGCUCGAUCCUGUCCGUCCAGAUGGGCGUCGUGGGCUACAUGACGCUGUGGGGCGUCCAUUACGAUCUCUACUCCAUGGUCAUGCUCAUCAUGACAAUAGGUUUCUCCGUGGACUUUUGCGCGCACACUGCAUACGCUUUCUACUCGCAAAAGCCAACGACGGAUCCCGUGGAGAGGCUCGGGAUCGGGCUUACGCACGUCGGACUGCCCAUCCUGCAGGGCACGACUUCCACGGUUAUCGCCGUGGUGGGGCUGCUCUUGACGGGGAUCCACGUGCACGUCAUGUUCUUCAAAGUAGUCUUCCUUAUCAUGACCAUAGGGGCGCUGCAUGCUAUCCUUUUCCUACCAGUCUGCAUGCUAAUUUUCGAAACAGUGCCGUGGAAGGCUGUGUGCUGCGCGGAUUCUUCCGUUGAGGCGCCUGCCGCCGACGCGGACGAUUUAUGCGAGCCACCAGAUGCGAGACACGCCUUUUUGCAGCGGAUUCCACCGCCUCCUUACCCGGACUUGGGCUCCGCCAGCAAGAAACUUGACGAGGAGAGUUGCAGUGCGUCACCAUCCUGAAAAUAAAAUGACACGAAGACUUGUCUUCUCGCUCAACUCUCAUGGCGACGCCCAUCUCCUCGUGCGUCAGAAAGAAGACAAAGAAGUUCGUUCAGUCACAUUCCCGGUUUUGCUCGUGACAGGGAUAGUAUUCAACACAUUCAGAUUGAUUCAAAAGGGCCGCAACACUUCACGGAAGAGACCGAAGGAAUACUUCUCCUACUCUCAAGGUCGAAUUUAUUUUUCAGGAAUUGGCAUAGGAAGUUGCGCCUCUUUGCUUUUCUGACCCGACUUAUCAAAGGACGGCGAAUGAAAGCAUUUCCACGAAAAUCCAAAAUAUUGUACCUCUUCAGGCAUUUGGAAACCCAACGGUGAAAAUCCCCGAGGGUACUACAAAUUCGCGUACAAUAAAAAUUUCGAUACAUAUUCAUUUUGUAUAACUGACUGGUGAUGAUGUGCAUUUCACGGUAUUGGGAUCUCUUGCAGCUAUUUGAUUAUGAGUGAAUGACCAAGAAUAUUGAUUUUCGAAAUAAAAUGCUCUGGAAAGGGUAAUCUGAUUCACGUGCC